GGAGUACAACAACCACCGGAAGGGAAGCAAAGGAAGUGGUGCCUGUGGAGGUAGCAAAGAAAGCGCAGGUGGUAGGAGGUCAUCUGCUCGUCUCAUGUUAACGGACCACGACCCUGGCACUUGCAAGGGCGGAAAUACUGCUUCUGGUACUUCUCGCACAUCACCUGCCGGCGGACCGUGUGAGGACAAAAAUCUUGUUGGCACGAAUAAUAUUACGAUGAAUA